CCGCCGCCGCGUCCAUGUUGACGGUCAGUGUUCUUUCCGUGUUCGCCGAUGUGUCUUCGUCCUGCUCGAGCCGGAGAGUAGAGAGUUUGCUCCUGUUUCCGGCAGACAGGCUCAGGCCUGUCAGGAAGAGUGCUCAUACACCCGAAACAACUCGUUUAGUGAGCUGGAAAGGCCAAAUCCCUCUGUGCAGCAGGUAUUCAAAACCAGUCCACAACAUGGAGGGAGCGACAUCGGCUGUUGGUUUUGGUGUGGUCAGAAACUCUCACAUUGUAGCAGAUAACCCUUAGAACUGAAAGUCAGGCCUGCAUGCAGCCACCGGGGGCUGGGGAAUGAAAGUGUAGUGAUGCAGACAGCAGCAUCCGAGUCUCUGCUGCCCAUCCAGCUACAAACCUGAGGUGGAUGUAAAAUGACCCCCUUGCUUCGUCAUGCCUUUUUCUUUGCACAUCUUCAGUCAGUGUAAAAUCACUUCCGUCUUCAACUGAAAAACCAUCAGUACCCAGCAGGCAGCCCUCCCUUCUGGUUUGGAGUUUGGAGUUCCUCCGAUGGAGCUUAGAGCUCUCUCCUGUUCCUGCCAGAGGCGCCCGGGAAGGAGUGCACAUCAGGAUGGAGGGUUUGGUUCCAUCAAUGAGGAUCAUUAUUAUCAUGCAGUCAGAAAAGAGUAUUUAUGUCAAUGGAAUUUGCAUUUGUCUUUUAUCAUGUUGUGUGUUAAGUGUUGUACUUUUUCCAUGGUUAAAGCCAAAUAAUUUUAUUGGCCUAUUUAUUAAGGAACAAUGAAGGAAAUAGCACAGUACUGAUAUUCUGAAUAAGACUCAAAUAAAUCGUGUGAAUCAAUUUUAAUAGUGAUUAAUGUUCAGAAUAUGAGUUGAUGGUUAUCAUGUUACAUUUCUGGACUUUUGGUGGGUUUUGCAUAUACAAACAACUAAAUGGUUUAUUUAAACUCUCAAAAAGCACGGCUCAGAAAACCACACUGAACGUGAAAACAGACAAACGCAGAAACCACCAGAAAACCAACCUAGGACGGACACUAGAAACGCAGAAUGAAAGGGCAAGGCAACAUGUGCUGCAAACACGGUAAGAAACACAGGCAGUGACUCAAAUGACUGACAAGCUUAGAUGGAGGAGGGUUAGGGUUAGGGAGGAAAAGCAGGUGACACAGGGAACACAGGAGAAGUGACAUGAGCUGCGUUGAAUAACCAGAAUAGGAGGGAACUGAGGGAGGGGAAGUAAACGGAGACACACAAGGGGAACACACAGGAAACUAAGCAGAGAGCCAAAAUAAAACAAAGGGAGCUAAAAGAAACACAAGAAAAACCAAGACACAACCUAGAAAACAAUCCAGAAUAAAACCAAAACCCGAUGUGAGUGAUGCCAGAGACACCUAGAGAAUGAGAUUGGGAGGAAUGUAACCUAGGAUCUGAAUAUAAGUGAAGUUGAAUAAAGUAAGUCUUUGUCUAACCUGGUCAUUGUCCAAGCUGGCAUGGCCUCAAAGUUGCAAGUUGCAUAAUUUUAAACUGAAUAUUUUGUGGCAGUGAAAUUCCAUUUCUGUUGUUAAAGCUCAGGCACAACUUUGGUGUUCCAGUUUUUGGAGAAUUAUGAACACCUCAUAACUGACUGCUCAACGACUGGUGACAAGCAACUAGAAGACCAAGGGAGUUGAAGCCAAGAAUCAACAUGGCUGUCUUCAAGCCGGAAAAUGUGGAAGACUUCUAUGAAAUCGGUGAAGUUCUGGGAAGCGGCCACUUUGGACAGGUUCGUCAGGUCCGUGAGAGGACAUCCGGGGUUUUUUGGGCAGGAAAAUUCCUAAAGAUCCGAAAAAUCGCAUGCAGCCGCCUGGGUGUGGAGAGGAGCAGUGUGGAGCGAGAGGUGGAGAUCCUCCAGUCUGUGCAACAUCCAAACAUUGUGACUCUCAAAGACGUUUUUGAGAGCCGAUCGGAGGUGGUCCUCAUCCUGGAGCUUGUCAGUGGAGGAGAAUUGUUUGACUUCAUUGCCGAGAAAGAGAACCUUCUGGAGAGUGAAGCUAUUGAGUUCAUGAAACAAAUCCUGGAGGGGCUGAGGUUUAUGCACGGGAGCAACGUUGCCCACUUUGACCUGAAGCCGGAAAACAUCAUGCUCUCUGACAAGGUGUCUUCCAACCCCAAUAUUAAACUCAUUGACUUUGGCCUGGCCCACCGCUUCCAUCAGGGGGAGGAGUACAAGAGCACAAGCGGAACUCCCCAGUACAUCGCUCCCGAGGUGAUCAACUGUGAGCCUCUCAGUACAGCAGCUGAUAUGUGGAGCAUUGGAGUUAUCACCUACAUACUGCUGAGUGGUUUGUCGCCAUUCCAAGGUGAGACUGAUGAGGAGACUCUAAGGAAUGUCCUUGCCACGAAGUAUGAGUUUGACGAGCGCUACUUCAGCAUGGCAAGCUCCAUGGCUAAAGAUUUCAUCCAGAAACUCUUGGAGAGGAAUCCAAAUGAGAGGAUGACAGCUGAGGAGUGUCUCCUUCAUCCUUGGAUUAAGAUGUCCUACAACAUGGUGUGGAUGUGUAACCGGCUUGUGAAUUUGAGACUGCUGAAUAAGGGCAGGACUGAUCCAGAUCCAUUGCAGAGACAGUGUGAGAGUGACGCUGAGGACACAGACAGCAAGCCUGCCUCUCUGUUGCGCAGAAGACUCAGCAGCAGUUCUUAGAGCUAACCAGAAGGAGACAGCAGAGGCGUGGGGGCUCGGCGGAGAAAACUCCACACAAACCUUUAUUUCAUUCUUCUGGUUAAAUGGGCCUCUUAACAUUAACUGUUCAAAUCUCACACGGUUGCAGAGUUGUAUUAGUGACUUUUUAAAGCUCCUCCUCCAGAUCACGUGGUGCAAAUGCAUGCCUUCUUUUUUUAAAGUGAGUAUUGAGAUGGUUACAGAUUUUUAGAAAACUGAUAAACAAUUUGCUAAGAAAUGUUUUGGGAUAGAAUUAUAUUUCCUAUACAAAAGUCAAAUCUAUUUUAAGUACAAGUCUUCCAUGAAUAACAUGUGACGUAGAACACUUCUCAUCAGUCAGUUUCAGAAAUUCUGCGGCUGCUUUGAGUGAAAAUCACUUUUAACAGUCAGACCUUUUGUCCAUGUUGCGUAGAAGCUGAACUUGAUUCUUCUCCUCCUAAGGACUCUUUCCAAGCUUAGAAAUGAAAGAUUGAAUUAAGACCCAGCAUCAACAGCCGUUAGUGUGUGUGCGUGCGCGUGCGCGUGUGUGGGAGGGACA